ACAUUUAGUCUCGGAGAUAAAGAGCUCGCUUCCAAUUAUGGAGGGUCAGUUCAGCGCCUUGCUCACUUCGGACGAUAUCGGAUUUCUGGACAGCCCAGACGCUACCUCGGGCUUCUAUUUCCCUCUGUGUGGAACUAUGGAGGACACUGGCCUGACCAGGAGCAGGUUUGACCCCCCGGAUUCGCUUUGCAUGGCAGAAAGGUCUGGCAACGAUGGACGAGUCAGUUACACCAUAAGCGGACUUCUUGGACCAAACCCAAACCAACCGAUGCCAUCUCCACCUCCACCACCCCCACCUCCUCACCAUCUCUCGAGCCAGCCUCCAGUCUUAACCUCCCAGGGUCCACCACCACCACCGCCCCCAGCACCCCCUAGUCAACAAUCUGUCGACAGCGGAUUCAGCUUCAACCCUUCCCAUCAGCACAGCCUGCACGGCCGAGAUCAGAGCCAUGACCCACAUGCCCGUAACAGUGACAACGGUAACCAUGGUUACAGCGUCGGCGGGGGCGUGCCAGGGGGUCCGGAUCCUGCUGGGGAUGGCGUCAGGGUUCAGAGGUCACGUGACGUCAGAGAUACGGGAGACUAUGUCAACCAAAGCUUUAUCGGUAAGUACAAGUCAGUACUGAAUGAAGACAUUGGAAUCCUCUCUAUUCUUCAGACUAUUAAUAGGUCGCUUUUAAGCACAUAGGGGC